AUGGCCAGCCUGUUAGGGCUACUACCCCUGAAACCAAAGCUAUAUUUACAACUGGUGAAGCGAGCUACACGAGUCGAGGUGGCGGGUGAAGCAAUGGCAGCGCUUGAGCUUACCACGGCUGUCAUGGUAACAGAUGCAAGUGCUGGCCUUGAGGCAGUCUGUGCAGUUAUUGCUGCCACGCUCGUAGUCCCUCUACGGGCCAAGCUUGAAGUAACUGAGGAUGUUCUAGUCGCGGAAAAAGAUACAGAUGCAGCACUAGUAGUCAUGUUGAAAGACGGCGUCAAGUCAUCAUUGCAGGUAGGCCUCGAAUUCAGGGGGAAAACCCCAUACGGGUUUAACGAGUUGGGGUCCGGUGUAUCUGCCACAAACACGGACUUCUACGACAAAGGUGGCCAACGCCUAAGCGACAAGGCCACAAGUGAUAGUGUUGUAAAGAGCGAUGUUGCCGGUCUGUAA